GAAGAUGCGAAGUCGGGUCUAAAUCCAAACCCUUCCUAAAAAAUUUCCCGCCAUGGACGGCGCAACGAUAGAGGACGGAGAGAUGAAGCUCUUCGAGAGGAAGCAAGCGAUCUACAAAUCCCUAGAUGAGAAAUAUCUGGUCCAUGGGCAAAGGUAUAAGGGGCAGCAGUACAGCCAGAUCUAUUUUGCUCGCCUUCACCACUUGAGGAAUCUACUCCACUCUCUUGUAACCAAAUGGAAGCCUCACCUCGAAGUUAUUACAGUUCUUGGACUUGAGGAAAGCAGAGAAUGUGUUAUAGUUGGAACUAUCUACAAGCACAUGAAGCUCAAGCCUUGUAUACUAGAUGAAUACUCUAAGGAGAGGACUGCGGUUCCACUUGUCAAACCUCAUAACUUUUUGCAUCCAGAUGAUCAACUUAUCUUGGAAGAUGAGAUAGGAAGAGUUAAACUGAGAGGAAGUUUGCUUAACCCUACAGAUUUUGUGACAGGAAUUGGUCUAGCUCUUCAUGGAAUGAAAACAAUUGAGGGUGAUUUUUUGGUUCAAGAUCUUUUGGAAGCUGGCUUUCCCCCACAAACUAAGCUUCCACGCUUAGGAGAAGACAAGUAUGUUGUUUUUGUUUCAGGAUUAAAUGUUGGAAGCAAUAUUUUUAAUCCACUACAAUUCCAGCUUUUUGUUGACCAUGUUACUGGGCAUUUGGGUGGUGAUAAUGAACAAAAAAUGACUUCUCAAAUUGUUCGUGUAGUAAUUGCUGGAAACUCCGUUAUAAUUCCGCAUAGUGUUCUUAAUGGACAGGCAUUAACUCCUGAGGAUCAGAGAAAGCUAACUGAGCCAAUUAAGGAGGUUGAUAUCUUAUUAACGCAGCUUGCAGCAGCUGUGCCUUUGGAUAUUAUGCCAGGUCCUACGGACCCUGCAAAUUCCUUUUUACCACAGCAGCCACUGCAUAGAUGUCUCUUUCCUGGAGCAUCCUCUUAUAAUACAUUCUUCUCGUGCACAAAUCCUCAUCAAUUUGAACUUGAUGGUUUUCAGUUCCUUGGAACAUCUGGUCAGAACAUUGAUGAUCUUGAUAAGUAUUCGAGUGCCCAGACUAAACUUGAAUUUGUUGAGAGGACGUUGCGAUGGAGGCAUCUGGCUCCUACUGCCCCUAACACCCUUGUUGUAAAUGUUUAUACUCAUGUGAUUAGAGCAGCUCAAGUAGAGCUUAAGUAG